CCAUAACCGGCUGGAACAUCGUGUGUUUCUCCUUGUGAAGUUGUUGCAGCACUACUGUUUCUCUGGUUUUUCUUGUAAGCUUCAAACAACUUAUAGAUCUUUGAACGAACAUUAGCCAACCUUCUCUUACAGGGAGAGUGCUAAGUUCGUUAGAGGAUCAGAAAGUAGGGAAAUAAUGUUUAAAAGCUGUGUUGAAACAGUGGGAGUUGAGGAUGAUGAAGGAGGUCUGGUCUUUAGAUGUAAGCACACGCUGGAAUUCUACUUUCCUCAUGCUUUCUAGAGCUUUAAAGUUCAGAAAUGCACUAAGUCACUUGGCAGAUGUAGAAGAAAGUUAUGUGAGUUUUCCCUCUUAUUCUGAGUGGAGGAGAGUGGAAAUGUUAUCCGAGCUUUUGAAACCAUUUUCGGAGAUUACUGAUUUGAUUUCGGGUUCCUCAUACCCAACAUCAAAUUUGUAUUUCAAUGAAAUUUGGAUGAUUGAGAGAAGGUUGGCUAAUGUUCGUUCAAAGAUCUAUAAGUUGUUUGGAGCUUACAAGAAAAACCAGAGAAACAGUAGUGCUGCAACAACUUCACAAGGAGAAACACACGAUGUUCCAGCCGGUUAUGGGGGAUUCUACGCCUUCUUUUCUCAGAAAGCUGUUGACAGUGGCAAGUCUGCUCUCGGCAUAUAUCUGGAUGAGCCAUUGCUUGACUACGCCGCUCACAAGAAACUAAAUGUGUUACAUUACUGGAGAGACAAUUCGGCUCGGUUCAGAGAGUUAGCAACAAUGGCACGAGAGGUUUUGAGUAUACCCAUAACAACUGUGGCUUCAGAAUCUUCAUUUAGCAUAGGUAGUAGAGUGCUCAACAAGUAUAGGAGUUGUCUUCUACCCACUAAUGUCCAAGCCUUGGUCUGUACUAGAAACUGGUUAAAAGGGUUUCCAGCAAUGGGUGAUGAGAAGACAGAAGAGGAGAAAGAGGAGAAAGAGGAAGAAGAGAAAGAGAAGGAAAAAGAGGAAGAGAGUGGAGAGUCCACAGACUUGAGUUGAAGACUUGCUUCAGGUUCACACUGAACUUUUAUUCUUUUGCUUGUGUUGAUAAGUUUAGUUGUAGACUAGUAAACCUGAAAAGAUAAAGAGCAGUUUACGAGUAUGAUCUUGAGCUAAUUUAGUGAGUGUAAGACAAGAAAAAAAACAGUUUCAUAUUUCAGAAACGAGUUAGAGAUAUUCAGGUUUCAUGAGCUUCUUUUUUAACUUUUAUCUUCAUACAACAAUCGUAUGCUUUCAUGUGUCUUCUUUUGUGUUAAACAUGUGUUGCUUUAGUAGCUUGAACCGUAGAUGUUGAACCUUAUUUUUUUCCUUUUUGCAGGCUGAGGA